AAUUGAAGUACCCCAUUCGGAAAUGGUGGCCAAUAGAAGAGAAGCACGCCAAUAAACGACAUGUCGACUCUGUCAAGCUUAUCCAACGACAAGUCGUUCUCUCUGCGAAAGCUGAACAAGGGUUUAAGAACUCUGUCAACAGAAACCUCCAGGCCCAAAAAAAAAUGAACACUCACCUCUCAAUUUCUCGAAAGCUUUGCUUUCUCUUCCAUGGAACUAAAGUGAUUUCAUAUGAAUCCAAAAUUUAUCCAGUUCGUGCCUUUUAUUCCACUGACAUUGUGGGUGAUAAACCAAUCCUGGUAAGGGAUUUUAUUCAUUCCGCAUUGUACCAUCCAAUUCAUGGAUAUUUUUCGCAAAGGUCGAAGUCCGUUGGUGUUCUUGAGAACACCAUAAAGUUUAAUCAGCUUCAAGGCAGAAAAUCUUAUAUAAGCCACUUGGAUAAAAUCUACAAGCAGAGUGAUAUAUCAUGGUUUACUCCAGUGGAGCUCUUUAAGCCUUGGUAUGCUCACGGCAUUGCUGAAGCCAUAAUGCGUACGGCCAACCUUUCCAUUCCACUAAAAAUAUAUGAAAUUGGCGGUGGAUCUGGAACUUGUGCGAAGGGCAUAAUGGAUUACAUAUUGUUGAAUGCACCUUCAAGAGUGUACAACAGUAUGACUUACACCUCAGUGGAAAUCAGUCCAUCACUUGCUGAAAUACAGAAAGAAACAGUUGGAGAAAUUCGUAGUCACUUGUCAAAAUUUAGAGUUGAAUGCCGUGAUGCAGCUGAUAAGAGUGGAUGGGGGGAGGGGGAGCAACAGCCAUGUUGGGUAAUUAUGCUUGAGGUUCUUGAUAAUCUUCCUCACGACCUUGUCUAUUCUGAAAAUCAAGUUUUGCCAUGGAAGGAAGUAUGGGUUGAAAAGCAAGAUGAUAGGAAAACACUCUCUGAAUUGUACAAGCCGCUGCAAGACCCAUUAAUUAAGCGUUGUCUGGAGAUCACUGAAUUAAGCAGUGAUAAAUCAAUAUCAACAGCAAGAAGUGUUUGGUCUAAGGUCUUCCCAAAACCCCGAAGACGUUGGUUACCAACAGGUUGCUUGAAUUUACUAGAAGUGUUGCAUGGAGCAUUACCAAAGAUGUCAUUGAUUGCUUCAGACUUUAGUUACCUUCCUGAUGUAAGCAUACCUGGGGAGAGUGCUCCUUUGGUUUCAACUAAGAAAGAUGGCCGAAGCUCUGAUUACAAAACCUAUCUGGAAGCAAAGGGCGAUGCUGAUAUAUUUUUCCCUACGGAUUUCUUGCUUUUGGAACAAAUGGACCAUUACUGUUCUGGGUGGCUGAAACCGCAGGGAGACGAACCUUCUAAACUUGGGAAGAAGAGACGAACACUUGCACUUGACACGUCAUCAUUCAUGGAAGAAUUCGGUUUGCCCACAAAGACAAGAACCAAGGACGGAUACAAUCCACUUCUCGACGAUUUCAAAAACACUAAAAUUUAUAUUAGUGUUCCUACACACAACAUAAAGUAGAGAAUCUACAGAAAGAAUGCACAUUUCCGCAACUUAAAAUUCCCAAGCGAGGAUGCAUCAGAUUGGGAGAAUCUCCGAGGUGCUAACAUAGAGCACCGGUCAAGUCGCCGAAGAGAGGUAUGCUAUAGAAAUAAAGAAAUACAGAUAAUAUGCACAUUAUUUGAAGGACAAUAGCAGUUUAUUUGUUACUGAUGGAAAUUUAAAUUUCUAUCAUGGAAUUUUUUGAACCAUGUAACAAAAACCAUAGAAAAGAAAAUGAGAGGCAGCUAAAAGGGUUGUUGUUGAAUCCAAUUUUCAGUAUCAAUGAAAGACAUGCUAGUUAACAAA